UCAGCUACUGUUGGUGCAGUGCGUGGCAAGUGAUAAAAACUUUGUUUCGGCGACACGAAAUUCAACAGUAUUUUCACAGAAUUCGCACUUUAAGCACCGGAGCUUUCAUAAGUCUGUAAAUACCUGUUGAUUGCGCUGCUAUAACUCGCGUAAUUACUUGUUUAUGAAAAGGGAAUGGCGGAGGCUUGAGGCAUCGUACACAAUCACCAUGCUUACCUCCCUCUCGCGGCUCAUUCCUUAAACUCGCCACUACAGAUCUGCGAUGUUGACGGCCAGCGAUCCGAAACUCCAACAGCUCAUCAUCUCCUUAAAUGAGUUCUUCGGCAACAAUUCGCACAAUCUAACCAGCAACCAACUGGAAUUUUUUUGACAAUUCCUGGCAAGCAUGGACGGGAACGUACCCCAAGACAAAAAUGUGGACUGUGGUGGUAGUUUACGAAAUGCCGCCUUGAAAUACGGCAACGACUAUCACCCUUAUUUAGCGAUUAUGGUCUGUGUAUUUGGCACGGUUGCCAAUUUACUGAACAUUGCCGUGCUGACCAGGAAAGACAUGGUCUGUUUCCCGAUUAACCGAAUAUUAACAGCCCUUGCGAUAGCCGAUAUGGUUCUCAUGAUAGAAUAUAUUCCGUACGCAUAUUAUUACUAUAUGGUCGUCAGGAAGUACAAAGAUUUUACCUACCCAGAAGCUGUGUAUAUGCUAUUUCAUGUUGAUAUUACGAAUUUUCUGCAUACAACAUCCAUCUGUCUCACUCUUACGUUGGCUAUCUGGAGAUACUUGGCCAUCGGGUACCCUCAAAAAAGCACCAUCCUUUGUUCAGAGCGGCGCUGCACUCUCGCCAUCGCCCUCAGCUACAUCCUCCCCGCCAUCCUCUGCGCUCCCACCUACAUCACGACCACCAUCACCGAAGACCCCAUCAUAGAAAACAACGAAACCGUCACCUUGUACCGCAUCGACUUGAACAAGAUAUUCCAGGAGGACAAGACCCUGCUCAAGAUCAAUUUCUGGAUCUACGCCGUCUUCAUUAAGCUCCUCCCAUGCUGCAUCCUCACCGUCAUCAGCUUCUGGCUCAUCCACACCCUCUUCAAAGCCAAAAAGCGAAACAAAUAUCUGCGCAGCUACGACUGCGUCCCGCUCAAAGAAAUCGAGAAGGACGUGACACGGAAAGUUUCCAAAUCGGAAAGGCGGGCAGAUCGCACCACCAAGAUGCUGGUGGCGGUGCUGUUCCUCUUUCUGAUAACAGAGUUCCCUCAGGGCAUCUUCGGGCUUUUGAUCGGGAUCAAAGGGAAGGACUUGUUUCUGGAGUGCUAUCAGUCUUACGGGGAGAUCAUGGACAUUUUGGCGCUGAUCAACGGCGCCAUCAAUUUUAUCCUGUACUGCUGCAUGAACAGGAUGUUUAGGGCCACGUUCGGGCAGUUGUUCAAGCACAGGAUUCUGUGCUUGAACAACUGCAGGAACGCGGUUUUGAAUAAGUGGCCGCCCUCGUUGGAGACGCACACAACGGUAGGAAACGGGACGAGUGCCACGGAAGUGUGAGAUAUUUAUUCCGUCUUUGAGAAAGAUAGUGUUUUGCGAAAGUAAUGAAAAUAUCGGUGGACAAUGCGACCGAGUUGGGGUGUUUCAUUCUGGGAGAUGUUUUCCUUACUUUCGGAUAUGUUUAGACAAGAUAUUUUUUUAAUGUGGCGGUAACCUGGAUUUGUUUAUUCCGUAAUCCGUAUAUAUACAUUAAGACGUUUGUGGUUUUACGUUGGAUAUUAACGUUGUAGAAAAAAUACAAGUUUAUUUUUAUUUAUUGAGCCCUAGAUUGACUUGUAUUUUUAUUGCAGCGUCUAUACGGGAAUGGUUAAAGCAUUUAUGCUACCUGAGACGAAAUAAUAUACUUUGUAAACUUAUGUGUAAAUAAAAUAAUAAACAUGAAAUGCAUGCGAA